CUCAUCCCAACUUGGACUCCAGUCUGCUGUCCGACCUUGAGCCAAAGAUUCCCUGCCCUCCCUGGUCACAGUGUCCCUGCUGGACAGAUUCAGGAAUUGGAUUAGAUCAUCUCUAAGGGUCCUUCUAGGCCUGGAUAUUCUGCUGUGUGUUUAUCCCCCAAAGUAAUAAAAAAACAGAAGCUCAGAGAUGGGAGAUGGUCAGGGACACACAGCCAGGGCUGUUCUAUCCUCCACACUUUGCCCAGCUGUGAGUGGGGCCUGGGGCUUAGUGCCCCAAGCCCCAGACUUCAGUAAGUCCCCCUAGGUCGCUGCGUUCCUGUGCCUCCUGAGAGCGACAAUGUCACCACCUCUGUCUGCCCAGGGGGCAGGCCCUGAAUUGCAACCUUUGCCCGCAGCCGUGCCCAGCUGUGCCAUCGUGGGAGCUCCGGUAGGACGGGGAGCACUUCCAUCCUGUAGGGUUGUGGUUCCUCUUCACUAACUGUGUGACCCUGUGAAAGUCACAUCAGCUCCCACCACUAGCUCCCUUUCCCAAGAAGAGUAAGAAAAUGGAUGUAAAUACCCUUGGCUCCCAAAAACCCCUGCAAAGGUGAAGCCUGGCCCAGGCAGUAAGUACUCAACAAAUGUAGCAUGAGAGGGGGCUAGAGGGCGAGGGAUGUUUGAGAGAAUCUUUGCACAGGGGUCUCUGAGCCCAGGGAACCAGGACUGCAGCCUUUGCAAAGCCUCCUGCAGCCUAACCAGAAGGAAGCAGAGGCCCAGGGGCAUUCUGUACAGGCUGCCCUCCUGUGACCUUCUUGGGGGUCAUUUCCACGGGCGGAUUGGCUGUAGAAGACCAGGAAGAUGGAUAAUCAUGGCAGCAUUUCCAGGCAGAGGAGGAGGACUUUGGUGUCCAUUGGAGGCGGGGCUGUUGACCCGGCUGCCACCCUUACCUGAUACUCUUACCUGAUCUCGGAGCUGGCACGGAUGGGGCUGGGGACUGGAGUUCUACAGACAGCUAGGGUCUGAGAGGGGAAGGGAUUGGCCAGUGGGUGCCAGUGCCAGGAUUUGAACCUGAGGCUACUGGGCUGGUGCCCGUGCCCCCUCCGUGCGGCCUGCCUCAGUGACUCAGAGCUAACGAGCUCUUCAGCCUAGGCUGGAGCCCCCGGCAUGGCGAUUCCAGCACUGCCUUCCCUUCCUGAGCAACUUCUGGGGCUCCCUGCCCUUCCCCCUUCUCAGCCUCGAGUUCCCAUCAGGGGCCUCAGACCCCUUCCUGCUGGAGCUUUACGGGGUCUCUGAAUGAAACAAGACCCUCUAGGACCACCAGAGAGUUAAGACAAGGAAAUCCUCAGCUCCCUUUAUCUCCGGAGAACCCAGAGGCUGGAGGGGAGGGAGCAGGGAGCAGGGGAAGCGGGAAGCCAGCUCAGCCCGCCCCCUCCGCCCUCCCUCCCUCCCUCUGCUCUGCCUCCAUCCCUUUCUCCCUCCCUCCUUGGCCAGCCCGCAGGGCCUGGGGUUCUGGGCCAGCAACAAGUUAUAAUUGCAAACAUGGACCAAGGAACCAGAGGCGGCCCAGAGGCCCGGGGUCUGUGAGCUGCUGUUUGAGGCUGCAGGACACUGGGUCGCCAUGGGGAUAGCUGCCCUGGGCCUCCUCUGGGCAGUGCUCGUGCCCCCUCUCUCUGUGUUUGGAAUCCCCACCGAGGAGCCCACCUCUGGGGAAGCCGUGGCCUCUAGUUCCCCUGGGCUCUGUCGACGGUGCUGUGACUCUGAGGACCCCCUGGUCCUUGCUGAUGCUGCACAUACGUCCUUGGCCUCUCCGUCUGCCCUCCCGUACAUGCUGCCUGAGGUCAGGCCCUACAUUAACAUCACCAUCCUGAAGGGUGACAAAGGGGACCGAGGCCUGCUGGGCUCGCCCGGGAAGCUGGGCAGGGAGGGCCCCCGGGGGGAGCGCGGCCCCCAGGGCAUCAAGGGCGCCAAGGGGCAAGCAGGCAGCCCUGGCGGCCCAUGCCAGAUGCGCUUCUCAGCCUUCUCGGUGGGCCGCAAGACGGCCCUGCACAGCAGCGAGGGUUUCCAGCCGCUGCUCUUCGACACGGUCUUCGUGAACCCGGACGGGCACUUCAACCUGGCUGCCGGCCACUUCGUCGCCCCCCUGCGCGGCCUCUACUUCUUCAGCCUCAACGUGCACAGCUGGAACUUCAAGGAGACCUACGUGCACGUCGUGCACAACGACGAGGCAGCCGUCAUCCUGUACGCGCAGCCCAGCGACCGCAGCAUCAUGCAGAGCCAGAGUGUGAUGCUGGCCCUGGCACCCGGCGACCGUGUUUGGGCGCGGCUCUUCAAGCGUGAGCGUGAGAACGCCGUCUACAGCGACGACAUCGACACCUACAUCACCUUCAGCGGCCACCUCAUCAAGCCUGAGGACGAUUAGUGCCUCCCAUGGGGCAGCUCUGGCCUGGGGUGGCCACGGGCAGGUCUGUGCCCUGCGGGGCCUCAGUUUGCCUCUCUGUAAAGUUGGCCCUGGGACCUGGCAUUCUGGGCAGCCUUCCUCCUCUUUCCUUCCCUCCAUCACCCCUCCCAGUCUGUUCCUGCCUCUCUCCUCUCUUGGACAUUUUCAGAAACCUCCUAACCUCAAUCUUCUAGAACUUUCCCAACCUUUUAGACCAGCACUUUUCAAACUUGAAUGUGCAUCUGUAUCACCCAGGGAUUGUGUGAAAAUGCUGGUUCUGAUCCAGCAGGUGUGGCGUGGGCCCAGGAUUUUGCAUUUCUAGGACGUUCCUGGGUGAUGCUGGUCUAUGGACCCCACUUGAGUAACCAGGUCCUAUAAUUUUCACAACAUUCUGGAAUCUUCCAAACAUUCUAGAAUCUUCCCAACAUCCUUAAAUUCUCUCACCCUUCUAGGACACCCCCUCCUCUUGUCUCUUGCGCCUUCUUCCUUCUCUCUGAGCUCCUGUCUGUGCCCCGACUUGUGCAGCCGCAGUUCAUUUAUUCAGUCAUCAAACACUCACUGAGCGCCUGCUCUGUGCCAGGCUCUGGGAAGGCUGAGGUGAACCAGACACAGGCCCUGCUCUCGGUGAGCACCCAGUCCAGCCAGGGUGGGGAGACACAGAUUCUGAAACUAGACCCAGAGAAACACAUGGGUCUCUGAUCACACAAGUCUGUGUUCUGGGCAUUCAGGCACUGUGGCCCCCCAUUACCCACCACUCCCCAAGGCUGGCAGGAUAGGGUACCCCAGGUGGGGGGUAUCCUCUGCCUGUUCCUUUCUUUUUUUCCCAAUGCCCAUCAUUAAAGCAAACCCAGGGGGGCCUUGGUCAGGGGAAAGGUGCUGUGAGGAGAGGACCCAGGGGUUAGGGGGCAUUUUGGGGUAAGGGGGCCCAGACCCAUAGCUCCCCACACGGCUGGGAUGGAAGCCUGUGAGGACUCCUACCCCCCUCAGCACACGCCCUCCCUGCCCCGCUGCUGGGCGGCUGUCAGGGCCGUGCUCAGCCCACUUUGCCAAAGGUGCCUGGGCCUCAGUUCUCCCAGGCUCCCAGCCACUGUCAGACACUGUCGUCUGUCCCCAGGUGCUCUGACCUCCUUGGUGUCUCUCGCCAGCCCAGUGCCUCCGGCUCUCCAGGUGUUGAGGCCCCGGGUGGGCAGCUCCUGCCCAGCAGAGCCGCCUCUGGCCCGCUGCUGCCUUUACAAAUGCUGCCGGGCAAUGAGCCAGGACAGAGGGCACCGGGCUUUGGACCCCUCAGCAGGUCUGGGGAACCAAAGCGAGCAACGUUCCAGGUCAAUUGGGGGGACCCUCCUCUGAGCCAUGAUGCCAAGGGAGGCGCUGGGCGAGGCUGAGGCCAAGUGAGGGACAUCAGGACUUCUGUCCCUUCCCCCUCUCCCAGGGUGGGACAGCCUGGUGGCCCCCAGCCUUCCCCUCCCGCAACCCCAGGUGGCCCGAAUCUCUCCCCAGAGGGAGAGGGCCUCCGCCCGUUGGUGCUUAUGUGGACUCCGGGGCAGAGGUGGCCCCGGUGGUGGUCUCUGGUGCUUACUCAUAGCCGGGGGAGCCAUGGCUGCAUGGCUGGGGGAUGGCAGCAGGGCCUGACCCGGUGCCGUGAAGGCUGGUCCUGUACAACCACCCCCAGCCCGACUUCACCCCUGCCCUGCUUGUCCAGCAUGAUUAAAAGUUGUGCGUCUUCUUGGCAAUCCAGCCUGGCUCUUUCUGCUCGGUUUCCUUUGCCCACCUUGGGAGGGCAGCCCAUCCUGUUCUGCUGGGCCCAGGUUCAGGAUCCCAGAGGGACCAAGGCAGCCCAGGGCUCCAUUCCACGUGCUCGCCACGCACAAAAGAACCAGCCCGCCUCGGUCACUCACUCAGCUGCUGUGCCUUGGAGGCAGUGGAACCAGCUCAGGGUCUAUUGUGCGGUGCCCUGGCUGUGGCCCUGGGAAAGUCCUCACACCUCGGAGCCUCAGUCUCCUUGUCUGUAAAAUGGGAAUGGGGAUCACCUAUCUCAUGGUGUGGCCAUAAGGAUUAGAAGAGAGGUUGCCCGGUGAGCACUGCAUUCCUCCUUUUUAAAAAAAAAAAAAAUUAAUUAAUUAAUUUUUAGCUGCGUUGGGUCUUCGUUGCUGUGUGCCAGCUUUCUCUAGUUGCGGUGAGCGGGAGCUACUCUUCGUUGCGGUGCAUGGGCUUCUCUUGUUGCGGAGCAUGGGGUCUAGGCGCGUGGGCUUCAGUAGACGUGACACGCGGGCUCAGUAGUUGUGGCUCGCGGGCUCUAGGGCGCAGGCUUAGUAGCUGUGGCGCACGGGCUUAGUUGCUCCGUGGCAUGUGGGAUCUUCCCGGACCAGGGCUCGAACCCAUGUCCCCUGCCUUGGCAGACAGGUUCUUAACCAUGGCACCACCAGGGAAGUCCCUGCAUUCAUCCUUUGAACCACAGCUACCGAGCACCUACUGUGUGCUGGGUAUGCUGCUAGGCUUGGAGGCUGCAAUUGCAGGCACAAGCCAUCACCUCCCCAUGGAGAACACCCAUGGAGUUUAUGUUCCAGUGAGGCACCUGAACGUGCUGAACGAAUCACAGAUCCUACCUGGGGCUCCUGUCUCCUGUUUUGUGUGUAAUAUUUGCCAGAGAACAGCUGUAUAUUCUCUGGUGGGAAAAUGCUCCACAUCCUACAACGGGCAGU